AUGGCCACCACUCAAGAGUCUCUUCGGAAAAUGGCCGCCCUUCUAGAGUCUCGUCACGACAUGGCCACCAUUUCAGAGUCCCCUCACGCCACGCCCGCCUCGCCUGCCAAGAUGGCCGCCUCGCCUGAGUCCCCGGCCAAGAUGGCCGCCUCGCCUGAGUCCCCGGAGUCCCCGGCCGCCUCGCCUGAGUCCCCGGCCAAGAUGGCCGCCACGCCUGAGUCGGACGCGGAGCUUGGGCUUGGACUGAAAGGUCUGAUUGCGAGUGUGAUGGACCCACCCGAGCUGCAGGCAUCCCGGCAGAAGAACUUUGCCCGUGGCAUCGAGCAGCAGCUCCCGGAUGGCAUGGUGGUUGCAUCUGUGCCGACUGAAGCCCAGUGUCAUGAGGAGCUGUCUGACCCAGUACCUGAUCCAGAGUACCUGACUGGUAUGGUAAACUACAGUGAGGUCACUGGUUACCCAUUGGUUCAGCACUGGAAGCUGCGGUCCAUUAUGUACCAUGUAAAGCUCAAUCAGUGGACCCUCUCCCAAGCCUUCAGUUCAGCAAUUCAUUCACUGGAUGGGGCCACCCUGCGCAGCGACUUUGUGUCCAUUUUAAAAGAGUUUGGCAACCAUUUUAUCCAGGAGGCAGUGUAUGGCUUUGAGGAAUCCUGUACCAUAUGGUAUGCCAACAAGCAAGUCCAACGCCAGCUGUGGUUGGAGUAUCAAGACAUCAGCAAAGGAAAUUCUCCGUCAGAUGAGUCGGAGGAGCGGGACAAAGAGCCACGCACGCUUACUUACCCAGCAUACAUUGCCAGCCUGCUGGACUCGGGUGCCAAGCGCAUGGCGACGGGGGUGCGCAUGGACUGCAUCAGCCAGGGCCAGUGCCCUCUGUCCUGCCACCUCUGCCACAUGAGCCCUGGGCCUGCACGUCCUGCAGAACCUGUGCUGCUCAACAUCACUAAAGCCACGCCAGUCUACGAACUGGUCAACAGCAACGAGACCUACCAGGCUCUGCAGGAGGCUAUGAUGAGUGUACUGUGGUGCUCUGCUAAAGGUGAUGUUAUUGAUGACUGGUGUCGAUGUGACUCCAAUGCCUUUGGCACAGAUGGACUCCCGACCUGCGCUCCUCUGCCUCAACCCAUGCUCAAGCUAUCCCAUUCAUAUGAGCCCAGCAGUUCAUUGGUCAUUAUAGAAUGGAUUCAUGCAGAGCCACCAAUCGGAGUGAGAAUUGUUGAUUACCUAAUCAGUCAAGAGAAGGUGACAGAGCGGACUGAUCACUCCAAAGUUGAGACAGAGACCAUGUUGAGUUUCGUGGAUGACAUCAUGUCAGGGGCCAAAUCUCCAUGUGUGAUGCUCGGGGACAUCCCUGAUCCCCUCUCAUCUAUCUCCUUGAUAAUACGCUGUUUGGAGCCAGACACCACAUACAUGUUUCGGCUGUGGGCGGUGGACAACACGGGUCGGCGUUCCAGUCCGAGUGAGGUGACGAUCAAAACUCCCUGUCCCGCCGUGGAUGAUGUCAAGGCUCAAGAAAUAGCAGACAAGAUUUAUAAUCUGUUCAACGGCUACACAAGCGGGAAGGAACAGCAGACAGCCUACAACACGCUCAUGGACCUCGGCUCAUCAGCCCUCCACCGAGUUCUUUACCACUACAACCAGCGCUACGAGAGCUUUGGAGAGUUUACUUGGCGCUGUGAAGAUGAACUGGGGCCCAGGAAAGCAGGAUUGAUCCUGUCUCAGCUGGAUGAACUCAGUGGUUGGUGCCGGGGUCUCCUCCAGGAACCAAAAAUUGGCUUGCGCAGAGCAUCCCUCAAGUAUCUGUCUUGUCGUUAUACAGAUACCAAAGCAUUCGGGCUCAGCUGGGUGAAUCUCGGCCAAGAUUUACGUAAGGCCUGUGAAGAUCAGAUGCUCUCCGUUAUGUACAAUGAUUAUGGAGCACCCAAGGAACUUUAAGCCAACUUGGACAACAAGAGGACCAGUCAGGGGCCGUACCUCAACACGGCCUCCACUUUAGGGCUUCUCUCUAGAGAAUCUGCUCAUCAGUUUUAACAUUAAUUGGUCAUUUAAUGAUGAAGGGGAAAAUAUUUUGUGAGAACAUGAGCAGCCCAUCCUGAGUUUUUAAGAAGCAUUCAAGUGGUGUGUCUCUGGGCUUGCACAUUAAAAAAAUGUACAGUGUACAGUCAAAGGAAAGUUGC